UUUUGACCUGCAUGUUUUGGCCUUAAUCACUUCCCUAUAACUCACUUUUUCCUACCUGCUCUUUUCCUUCCUACAACAUGAUCGAACAUAUUCUCACAGUCGAUUGUUUAUCCAUGGCACACUCUUUCUGUUAUGUAAUGGACAAAAACAACUGCUGCUUUGCUGUGUCAAGACGUGAGAAUCCUUCGCCCCAUGAAAAUGAUUUCCUCCAGUUUGCACAAGCUGAUCAAUAACCAUGAUUGACAUGAAACAACAAUAGCUCAUCCUGGAAUAAAAUCAGUCACCGCCUCCGCUCCUUUAAGCACUUAAGUACUAACUGUAACACAUUAACCAGGACUAAGCACUGAUUUGUUGGCUGCAGAAUCCAGUUGUUCUCGUUGGGCCAGUUGCAGAGGGCAGAGGCACAGGUGAAAGGAAGAGGGAGGGACUGAACCAAUGUAGGCAGAGAGAGGGAGAGGAGGAGAAAGCUAACAGAAACCAAAGAUGACUGUGUGAAACAAAAUGGAUUCAACCAAGCUCAGCCUUUCCUCAAAAGCACCACAUGUCAACAACGGUGGGGGAAAUGAAUCACCAAUGGAAGAAACAUCAGUGCAGCGUCGAGACAGUGUGGAUGGGGAAAACAGGGUGCCAGAUGUCGUUGACGUGACAGCAACAGCUGCAGCUGCAGAGAUAAAUCUCCACCACAGGGGGUCAGCAGACAAACACAAGUUCAAUACACUUGGAUAUCAGCGGCGGACCAAGCAGAAGGUUGUGACUGACUUUGCAACAGUGACUAAGGGAGCAUCUGCAGGAGCCAAACCCAGAGCUGCACUGAGACAGGUCUUGUUUAGCCAGGGGGCGUCUGACAAGAACCCAGCAUCUGAGGUAUUACAACGUCUCCAGCUCAUCACAGGUCAGUUGGAUGUGCUGAAGCAGGAUUUGGAGGCAUAUGCUGUGCCAGUCAGUCUAAAGUGGAAGUGGAAAGAGGAAAGUCAGGGAACCACACUGGAGAAAAACUGGACAGACAUGGUGCACUCUCAUUCAACAAUGUCUAAGAUUCAGAGACACCAACAGGAGGCGCUGUGGGAGUUUGUCCACACUGAACUCACCUACAUCAACAAGCUAAUUAUCAUCAAAGACCUGGUCAUUGCAGCUCUUGUCAACCUGCACCAGCGUGGAUUUCUCCCUGAGGUGACCCCCGAGCUGCUUUUCUCCAACCUGCCCUCUAUCCUCACUGCACACCAGCUGUUCUGGCAGGAGGUGAUUUAUCCCAUGUUACAGGAGGUCCGGAGCACAGGCAUGCCAUUUGACCCCAUGAGGUUAGAAGCUGGUUGCCUGCAGUUCCAAGAGCGUUUCUCAUCAUAUAAGCAUUACUGUUGGGAAGAGGAAUACAAUCUUGAGUUCACACGUAGGCAGAUGGAGAGCAACCCACAUUUCCUCACGUACAUCCAGUGGGUGGAGACUCAUCCUCAGUGUGAGCGGAUGCGGCUCGGAGACAUGCAGGCCAAACCCCAUCAGAGGAUCACAAAGUACCCCCUGCUGCUCAAGGCUGUGCUCAAGACUACCCAAGACCCUCAUGUACAGCAUGCACUCAGAGGCAUGUUGUCCAGCAUGAACACUUUUUUGGAUAGUAUCAAUGACUACCUGAAGCUAAAGGAUGAGGAGCUUGCUCUCUCCAUUUCUGCACAGAGGGUGGAACGAUAUGAAGUGGAGGGAAUAAAUGAAGAAAUUGACAAGCAUGUCCGAGAGAUCUGCCAGUUUGACCUCACAUGCCCCAUCACAGGAGUUGGUCCUGGAGUUGUGCGAAAGCUGCUGCUGGAGGAGAACUUGAAGAUUCGGGGCAGAAAAGACAGCAAGCUGGAGGUGGUGGCUCUACUUUUCUCAGAUGUGCUUCUGAUGACAAAAGUGCAUAAGAAAGGAGAGCGACUGAAGGUGGUUCGACCCCCUCUUGCCCUGGACAGAACAAAUUGCAUCCCACUGAAAGAUAGCAGUUUGUUUGUUCUCGUGGAGGUAGGUGAGCUUCAGUGUGCAAUGAAUGUCUACAUAUUUACAGCCAGCACCUCAGAAAGCUGCUCCACAUGGGUCUCCACCAUCAACCAGGCAAAGGAAACACUAAGGAAUCUGAGAGAGACAGAGAGAACAAGGCAACUGCACAACUGGAAAAUCCAGCAGCUGGAGGUUAAACCAGUUAUAGAGGCCAAGACAGUUGAUAUGGAGACAAUAUCAGAGUCUAUAACUGAGUCAGGAGAGAGAGAGGCUUUUGUGGAUGAAUUUACAGAUGAACUCAUUAUACCCCAGUCAAUAAAUAGGAUGUUGGCAUCUAAAGAAACUGAGGAACAGUAUCAGUCUGUUGAAGCAGACAAAGUGGCCACUCACACUGGAUUGUCUUUUUGGCAAUCACAACCCGAAAUCAAUCACAGUAAAGUACUGCGUAAGGGCUUUGGUCAGAAACAAACAGUCAGAGGGUAUGAAUGGAUAGAAAUGAGAGCAAGAGAAGAACAAGGUGGAAUCCACAUAGAGAAAGAAGAGAAAAUGGUGGGAAAGGAGUUAUGGGUGACCUCGAACCAGAGGGCUCAAUCUGCCCCUAAUCUGGAUGAUCAUUUCAUUUCUAGUGCUGCUGCAGAUCCAUUUCAACAGAGCACCACUGGACCAUAUGCUUUCUUAAUGGGUGAAUAUCCAGAUAUUGACUAUCCAAUAAACAAACCGAACACUUUACACCUUCCUCGCCCAACAGUAACAUCCAGAGCAAGGCCUGACUUUUUAAGACUACCGGCAGACAGAGCAAUACCAACAAGCAGGGACUCAGACUCCCAGUCCAUUAACCAAGACACCAGGAGAAAUUCCAGCUAUGUCCAGUCUGGAGACACAGAUACAUUUCCAGAGGUUUGGGGCUUCUCCAAAAAUCUGAAGUCACCCAGGUUACGAAGGAGGAGGCCAGUCAGCACCCAUCAGGACCCGUUUACUCAGGUUUCAAGACAGUUGUUGCAGGACUCAGGACAGGUUUCAAACAACAACUUGUCCUCCAACUCUGAUUCUGACUACAACCAAAACAUGAAGAAGAACUCAGAACAGAGGGUGCUGAAGCUGGGGUCUCUGAAGCCAAACCAAGGGAUGUUUUGGAAUGUGCAUGAUGACCCCCAAACCUUAUCUGAACCUGAGCUGCCAGAUCUUAACACCCACAAUAAAAAGCUCAAAUUGAAAACACAGAGGAGUGCCUCUAUCCCAAACAUCAUCAUUCAAGAUGGACAAGGUUUUUAUCUGCCCUCGAGUAACCAGCACACAUUACCCCAAACCGAGGACACCAUCUCUGAACACAAUCCAAAUGGGCACCCUUCACCUCUUGAGGGUCUUUUGGAAAGAGCCAAGGACAGAGUGAGGGACCGAGAGGUAUUAAAAAGAGACCGAAAUGUAAAAAUGGCCAAUUUGAGGUCAAGGUAUCCUCCUUCUUCUCCCUCUUUUUCCACCACACCUUCACCGUCACCGUCACCCAGUGAUGGAGACAGAGACACGGAUUGGGAAGAGGAAGUGGAGCUGUUGAGACACAGAGCGCUCACGGUGAGCAAAGGAUGGAAGGAGCAGCUGGUGGAUGGAGAUGACGAUGACAAGAGGAACAGUGUCGUCUUUACAAAUGGUGUAAAUGUGGACUGGCCUGGCUGGUGCUUUGAUGAUGAUGAAGUCAUGGAUCGUUUACAACCAGGAGGUGAAGGACUUCUGGAGGACAUCAGCCGAUCUUUGCCCUUUUGGGAUAUCCAUGGAUUCUCAGAGCAAGAAGACGGAGAGUGCAGUCAGGUGUGACUAGUUUUGUAACUCCAAACCUAAAAGCUAAUUAACAAUCUGAGAUCACAGACAGUCGCACUAAUGUUUAAUUUGGAGGACUUGGGGGAAAAUUCAGACAAUGAAUGUGAACUGCAGUGAUUAUACAAAUUAGGAUUUUUAAUGAAAAGUUAAAGUUUACAAAAGCAAAACAGCCUUUGCCAACAGAAUAAACAGACACAUCUUUGCACAGACAUUUUGGGAAGAAGUAGACAGCUAGCUUUUAAAACUGCAAAUGUCUUCAAUCUGAAUGUAUAGUCACUGAUCUGUAAUUAUGGAUGAGUUUGUGAAAGUAUGUGUGUAUAUAUUAUUAGUGUUUUGUGUAAAUAUAAUUAUUUUAUAUUUUUAAUUCUCAUGUAAUUUUUUAUGAAAUACUGUAUAUUUUAUUUAUAUAUUAAUCAUUUUUUGUAAUUUAGAAACAAUUCUCCCCUUGCUGCACAGAGGUUUUCAGGUUGUAUAUAAUGUAACCAAUAAAAACACAUUUA